GUUGUCAAGGCCCAUGAGUAUAUUUACAAGCAACAAAACACUGUCGACGGUUCAAAGGUUGAAGACACUCUUGGAGAGGGUUCUUUGGUACCUAUCUUGAAUCAAUUUGUCAAGAAGCUUGGUCCUUUUGGCUUCAACUCAUUUCAAAUACUUGUCAUUGACUUCAUGCAUGAAUGUGACUUGGGCACCUGGAAGUCACUCUUCACU